AUGGAUCUCAACAAGAGCAAUGCCUCCAUUGGCAUCAUCGGGAUGGGUGACAUGGGGAAGAUGUAUGCUCGUCUUUUGAGCAAGGCGGGUUGGAGAAUCAACGCCUGUGAUAGGCCGGAUAAUUAUCAGGCCCUGAAAGACGAAUUCUCUGGAUCCCAACAAGAUAUCACCAUAUAUCCAAAUGGGCACCUGGUGUCAAGAAUUAGCGAUUAUAUUAUUUACAGCGUAGAGGCCGGUGCUAUUGACAAAGUAGUCGCCGAGUAUGGGCCAUCAACGAAGGUCGGUGCCAUCGUUGGCGGCCAGACAUCCUGCAAAGCGCCAGAGUUAGCGGCAUUCGAUAAACAUUUGCCCCCCGACGUAGAGAUCCUCUCAUGCCAUUCUCUGCAUGGCCCUAAUGUUAAUCCCAAAGGCCAGCCUCUGGUACUCAUCCAGCAUCGAGCUACGGACAAAAGCCUCAGAUUUGUUGAACAAGUGUUCUCGUCAUUUGAGUCGAAGUAUGUCUAUCUCACUGGUGAGAUGCACGACCGGAUAACGGCAGACACGCAGGCUGUUACACAUGCUGCUUUCCUCAGUAUGGGUACUGCUUGGGCGGCAAACAACCAGUUCCCCUGGGAAAUCAACCGUUGGGUUGGAGGUAUUGAAAACGUCAAGAUCAAUAUCACGUUACGUAUCUAUGCGAAUAAGUGGCAUGUUUACGCCGGUUUGGCUAUCCUUAAUCCGUCGGCCAAAAAACAGAUCAGACAAUAUGCCGAAUCAGUGACCGAUCUCUACAAGUUGAUGAUUGGCGGUCACAGAGAAGAACUGAAACGGCGUGUGAAAGCAGCAGGCGCAGCAGUUUUUAAAGCCGGCACUGAAGGACAAGAUCUGCUGUUAAAGGAUGAAGUUCUUGAUCGAUUCUCUCUUUCCAAGGUAUCCCGUGAGAAGGCUCCUCCGAAUAACCAUCUUAGUCUGCUAGCCAUCGUGGACUGCUGGUCGAAGCUGGGCAUCGUUCCCUAUGACCAUAUGAUCUGUUCAACACCGCUUUUCCGACUCUGGCUUGGAGUGACGGAGUAUCUCUUCCGUAACCCUGAUCUCCUCGACGAGGUCUUGGACAUUGCAAUUGAUGACAACACAUUCCGGUCUGAUGACUUGGAAUUUACGUUCGCAGCUCGGGCGUGGUCCGACUGCGUUUCCUUCGGAGAUUUCGGCUCUUACAAAGACCGGUUCGAGCGCAUCCAGAGCUACUUUGCUCCACGAUUCCCAGAAGCUGUCCGUGUUGGAAACGAGAUGUUGAAGACAAUCCUCGAGAAGACUACGCACUGAUUUCUGCGAUUCUUGUCUAGCCAGGUUAUAUUGAGGGCUAUCAUGCCAAACGAGUCCUGGCCUGCAGCAGUAACGAAGAGUGCCACAUUAUUAAUUAGACCACUACUUCCCUCAACCUUCAUACGGAUGGAAGUCAUGGAAAAGGCAGUCUAUAUGUGACUGGAGGGGAUAGAGGCACUCUGGGCUAGCAUCAUGUGCUACCCUUCUCUCUAUCUCCCCGUUCAUAGCGCAGCGCUAUUGCUAGCAGUACUGCGGAGUAUUAGCAGAGAGAUUUUCACAAAAGUAAACGAGUGAGGAAUCAAUUAUAUCUAUUACAACCCGUGCCUUGAAUCUUUUUCCUUGCCACUUAGUAGUCCAU